AGGCCUGGGCUACCACACCGUGCACCAGCUCGCGCAGACGCCGAACAUGGUUCUCUUCAUGGGCGCCCGCCGAAUGACCGCCGCAGCGGAAGCCAUCGUCCAAAUCACACCCGACGUCCACCCCACCUCCCGCGUGUUUCCCGUGUACAUCGAUCUCGCCGACGAGAAAACCAUCGCCGAUGCGAAGGAUGCCGUCGCCGCGAAGCUGAAGGAGCUGGGUGUCCCAGGUCUGGACUUCCUCAUCAACAACGCGGCCAAUGGUGGAAGCCCGGUCGUCCUCGCGCUGACGGUCAACAUCGCGUCGACCAUCGCGAUCAAGAACGCCUUCUACCCGCUGCUGAACAAGGGCGGCGAGAUCAUCAAUAUCUCCUCUGAGCUCGGUUCGCAGGCGCGCCACGCCGCUCGCCCGCCCAUCAGCUUCGAGGGCCACGAUCUCAUGGUCUACGCUGCGAGCAAGGCGGCGCUGAACAACCUCACGCUCCAGUGGGCAUUCGAGGAGGAGGAGAAGGGCUCCGGCAUCCGCGUCGUGGCGAUCUGCCCUGGUCCGAACUCGACGAGCAUAGCGCACUUCUCGAGCUUCGGGAUGCAUCCGUCUGUUGGAUGCGGUGUCAUGGUCAACGAGGUC